AUGGGUGAGCGCUGCCCGGGCACCGCGGGCACGGCCCGGCCGGGCGGGAGGGCACACGGAGCGCUUGGCACAGGCGGUGACAGCGCCGGGACCCCCGCCGGGGGUCUCGGGAGGGAUCCCCAAGGCUCGGGGGGCGCGGGCAGGGGGCGCGGGGGUCUCCUGGGAGCCACGGUGGCCACCCUCAGCCUCGCCCUCCUCUUCCUCCGAGCAGAGGCCGAAGGCUUCGCCCUCUGCCACGCGCCCGCGCUGCAAACCAAAGUGUUCCAGUACCGGCUCUGGGACGUGAACCAGAGGUCGCUGUACCUGCGCGAUGGGCAGCUGGUGGCCGGGCACCUGCAGGGCGCCAACGCCGUGCUGGAAGAGAAGGUGUUCUGGGUGCCCAACCGCGCCUUCGAGCCCGCCCGGCUGCCCGUGAUCCUGGGCAUUCGCCACGGCUCCCGCUGCCUCCGAGCCCAGAGCGGCACCGCCGGAGAACCGCGGAUCAGCCUGCAGGACGUGGACAUCCGGGAGCUGCCCCGCGCCGGGGACAGCGCGGCCGCCUUCACCUUCUUCCGCUCCUACCGGGACGGGCUGUGGCGCUUCGAGUCGGCCGCGCACCCCGGCUGGUUCCUGUGCACGUCCCCGCGCGGCCACCAGCCCCUGGCGCUCUGUCGCCACCGCGAUGUCACCUCCAACCUGCUCGACUUCUACUUCCAGCUGUGCUGAGACCCCCCGGCCGAGCCACGGGGAGGGUGGCAUCCCGCUGGGGAGGGUGACAUCGCUC